AUGCCGCAGGAGGAGGUGCUCUGCAGAAACACUCGAGGGAACAUAUCUUGGGAGGCAGGACUCGGGGAGAAGCGGCUUUCGGGGGAGGCAGAUGGGCAGUUCCACAGCAGUGGAGGGCAGCAGGGGCUGAGGAGGGGGUCCUUUUCUUCAUUGCUAAUCUCUCUGUUCCAGAGCUGCCAGACUGGAGUGACUCAAUGGAUAGCAGCAUGCAGUGGAUUAUUACAGACAGCCGCAGUCCAAGGCCAGUGUAGACGGAUGAUCUAUGGUAUUUUCCAGAGACGCAAAGCUGGCCAGUUCCAACUUUCUAAAUCCUGUGGUGGAUUGAUUCAAGCCAAUGGAGCCAUUACACAGCACAACAGUCCAUUUUACAAUACAAAAAAGCAUCUUUGUUCAAAAGAUUCCUUGCAACCAUCUGAAGAGAAAGUGGGUACUUUCACAAGGAUAAUAGAAGCAAUGGGUUUCACAGGACCACUGAAGUAUAGCAGAUGGAAAAUUAAGGUAGCAGCUUUGCGCAUGUACACAUGCUGUGUGGAGAAAACUGACUACGAGGAAUUUUUUAACAGGUGCCAAAUGCCUGACACUUUGAAUUCAUGGUUUCUAGUAGCCCAGCUUCAUGUCUGGAUGUGUCUGUUACGAAUGAAGCAGGAGGGUCGCACAGGAAAAUACAUGUGUCGCUAUAUAGUUCACUGCAUGUGGGAGGAUGUUGAACAGCGUGGUAAGGUGAUGGGGAUUAAUUCUGUUAUUCUAAAGGAAGAUUUGAGAACCAUGGUAGAAAAUUUCUAUGCAGCUCUGUUUGGAUAUGAUGAGGGAAUCUUGUCUGACGAUCGUGUUCUGGCAGCAGCUCUUUGGAGAAACCUUUUUAACAGGAACUGUGAAGACCCUCGGCACCUGGAGUUACUUGUAGAAUAUGUCCGCAAACAGGUGCAGCACCUGGACGCGCUGAGCGGGGAGGACCUGCUGCUGACGGGCGAGGUGAGCUGGCGGCCGCUGGUGGAGAGCAACGCCCACAGCAUCCUCAAGCCCCUGUCCCCCGUUUACAAUGACGAAGGACUCUGA